CCCGGGAGGAUGAGUACGCUACACCCGGAAGUGUCUUCAGGAAGAGGAAGCCGGCGGCCUCACUGCUAUGGGCCGCAACAAGAAGAAGAAGCGAGAUGGUGACGACCGGCGGCCCAGGCUCGUUCUUAGCUUCGACGAGGAGAAGAGGCGGGAGUACCUGACAGGCUUCCACAAGCGGAAGGUCGAGCGAAAGAAGGCAGCCAUUGAGGAGAUUAAGCAGCGGCUGAAAGAGGAGCAGAGGAAGCUUCGGGAGGAGCGCCACCAGGAAUACUUGAAGAUGCUGGCAGAGAGAGAAGAGGCUCUGGAGGAGGCAGAUGAGCUGGACCGGUUGGUGACAGCAAAGACAGAGUUGGUGCAGUAUGACCACCCCAACCACACAGUCACCGUGACCACCAUCAGUGACCUGGACCUCUCGGGGGCCCGGCUGCUCGGGCUGACCCCACCUGAGGGAGGGGCUGGAGACGGGUCUGAGGAGGAGGCAUCAUCCACGGAGAAACCAACCAAAGCCUUGCCCAGGAAGUCCAGAGACCCCCUGCUCUCUCAGCGGAUCUCCUCCCUCACAGCAUCACUGCACGCACACGGCCGCAAAAAGGUCAAGAGGAAACAUCCCCGACGGGCCCAGGACUCCAAAAAGCCCCCAAGGGCCACUCGUACCAGCAAGGCCCAGCGCCGCCGUCUCACAGGCAAAGCGCAGCACAGCGGGGAGUGAGACCGAGAACGAAGUGGUGCCCCAGUCUAGGCUGCGGGGACCUGUCCUUGCUCAGCUUGGCUGUCCCUGUAGCCCAGCCUGCACCUAGGUAAUGACUGCACAGCUCAAGGUUGGGAAGCCAGGACCUCUCUGGCCUGGGGCCAGCUGCCUUUGCCUGGGGUUUGAAUUCCGGAAGGAGCAGGCAGCUGAGAGCAGGCCUCCCCCAGGGAAGAGCCUUCAGAGCCACGUGGGGGCAUCUUCCCAAAUGUGCACCCCACCUGGCACUCAUCAGAUUUGUGCACUUGUGAUUUGUUUGUCCUUGAUACCACGCACAAGGGCAGGUUUUUGGGGUGGUGGAAGUGGCCAGGGCCCAUGGGUCUGUCUCCAGCAGUUAGCCCUGUGGCUGCAAUAAAGUACAGUUCUCCCUGUGUUAAGAUCCUAACCAGGGUUAAGGAUCAGUGUGUCUGUUGCUAGAAUCCAGAGCCCACCUGCUGCUCUGAAAAGCAGGCUCCUGAGGCCAGUGGGGGAGCAGUGCCCCCCAUGCCCUUCACCGAGGAGCCUCUGUGCCUGUCCCUUGUCCUCGGCCCCAGGAGUCUCCCCAACUGACACUGAAGUGGUGGAAGCAGUUGAGUCCCAGGUCAUCCCCCAUCACCACACUGGGGCAGCGUCCCCAGGCUUCCAGCAGCUCCCAGGCGGGUCCCAACAUGGAAGGAUUAAUUAAUUCUUUCUAAAGCAGUUGCAGCCGGGCUUGGUGGCUCACGCCUGUAAUCCCAGCACUUUGAGAGGCCCAGGCGGGCAGAUCACUUAAGGUCGGGAGCUCGAGACCAGCCUGGCCAACAUGGUGAAACCCUGUCUCUACUAAAAAUGCAAAAAUUAGCCAGGUGUGGUGGCACACGCGUGUAAUCCCAGCUACUUGGGAAGCUGAGGUGGAAGAAGCACUUGAACCCUGGAGGCGGAGGCUGCAGUGAGCCAAGAUCACGCCAUUGCACUCCAGCCUGGGCAACGUUGUGACUCUGUCUCAAAAAAAAAAAAACUAAAAAAAAAGCAGUUGCAUCUUGACUUGUACAAAAGUAGCCCCCACCAGAGUAGACCCUGUGGGUGCCAGCUAGAACUCCACAAGGGGCCAUGUCUUCACACUCCUUCCAGAUGGAUGAGUUGAUGGAAAUCCUGUCCCUUCCUUGUCCCAGCUUGUCAGUCCUGGGCAGGAGAGAAUUUCAGGUUGUGCCUUGGUUAGAGGAGCUGUGUUGGGUCCUAAACACUAGGACCACAAAGGGGAGUGAACUGUGUUCCCAGGGCUUGCUGACGCCCAUGGACUAUGGAGUCAGGAUGACAGGACAGUGCGGUGAGGGGCAUCUGCGACAGGACUGCAGGCUCUACCCGCCCUGAUGUAGGAGCUCCUGGAGCGGGGGUGAGCAGUGAGCCAGGGUCUGCAGGGCUGUCCUCUCUCCACAGCCAACAGCCAGGCCUUGCAGUGGGGCAGGCUUAGUGACUGUGCCUCAGUUAUGCUGUACCUGGGAGUGGGCAGGCCCUCUCCCAUGUCACCAUCAAAACCCACUGAUGAAGGCUGGUGGGAGUCUGAGGGCUGCACCUGGGUAUGGUGAGUGCACCUCAGGGAUUGUGCUGAGCGCCUUGGCCUGGCCUCUCGGCUCUGCCCACCUGCUCUCCCUGCCACCAAGUUGUCUUCCCCGGGUGGCAUGUGCCACUUGGCUGCCUCGUGCCUGGGCAGAAUGGUGCCUAUUAUGGGCCCUCCAGUGGCUCUGGUGCUCAGCCUGCUGUGAGCAGGAACAGCUGAGUCCCAGGGGUUCUUGCACACAGCAGGGCUCAGGUUUGAAUGCAGGGUCUGCUGCUUGGUCGCUGCAUGAGCUUCUGCUGUGCUGACCUCUCUGGUUUGUUUUGUCUUGUGUAAGGUGACACAAGAUACCUACCUCUUAGGGCUGCCCCGAGACUAAAAUAAGACCAUGUGCAUGAACCACUUCCCAAAGUGCCUGUUGCUCUCCAGGUGUGCCUACCGCAUGUUGCCGCUGCUGUUUCUGCUGGGACGUCUGACUCCAGUUCUUUCUCCCCUCUCCAGUGACAAGGUCAUUUACAACUUAACAUUUACAAUUUAUAGUGUUUACCAGUAUUAAAUUCUCAGCCACUC